AUGCAAGCUUCAACAAAUGCCAACCUUGAUACUCUCAACAGGAUACAUGGCUACAUGCUUGGAGAUUACACUAGCGCGCCCGCCAUCAUGUUGACUCCCAGACUAGCAUUUUGGAGGCCUUCAUACACCCCCGGCGCAAAAAAAUCAAAGUUCAACGGGAUCACGGCGCCAGAUGGGCCUCAGACGGCUAAUCCCCAGCACUCGCACAAGCGACCAGGAUUGGCCGUCAGGGCUGAUCUGCCGUCACUAAGGCGGCAAUCCGCAGCAAAAACACGGCGGGAACCAAGCCACCGCUUGCCACCGUCCAUCCGCAGGACCACUGUAAUGAUUGCAUAUUUGCAACAGCAUACAGCCGAAUGGCGCAGGCCUCACGGCCUGCAUCCGUCCUCACCUGUAUAUACGGUAACCAGCCGUUCUAGGGCCGUAAAUCCCCAGGACUGCUGUAACUGCCCCGUAAUCGUAUUGGUGACAGCAUCCAGCCAAAUGGUGCAGGCCUCACCACUUGGAACCGUCCCCGCCCACAUACACCGAGCAGCCCAAUCCAGCAGAGACUGA